AUGGUGUAUAUCGCCGACAUAGGGCACGUGAAGUAUCAUCGUAUCCCGGCCGCUAUCAAGGAUAGGUGGGACAAAGACGGGUGGAAGGCAGCGUUCGGGCUGUUCACCGAGAUUCGGCAGACAAAUGUCGAGAUCACGACAGACUUGUACAAUGUCGCUAUUGAAGUGUGCGCAAAGGAGCAGCAGUGGCAAAGCGGGCUGUCGCUGCUGAGGGAUAUGUGGAGGGUAAGGUCGGAGCCGGACGUAUUCAGUUUCAAUGCUGUGAUCAGUGCUUUCGCGAAAGUCGGGUUGUGGCAGCAAGCUUCUCUGUUGCUCACGGAAUUGCGGGAAGCGAGGUUGAUGCCGAAUACCAUCAGUUUCAAUGCGGCAAUCAGUUCAUGCAAAAGUGAGUGUCAGUGGCAGCAUGCAUUUAACUUCUUGAGGGAAAUGACAGCGGCGAAGGUGGAGCCAAAUGUCAUCAGCCUCAAUUCUGCGCUGACCGUUUGCGAGCAAGGUGGGCAGUGGCAGCAGGCUUUAUCGUUGCUCAGUGGGUUGUGGUCCGUAAAACUAGAACCAGACAGAAAAAGCUUCUCAGCCGCAAUGAAUGCUUGCGAGAAAAGUCAGAGUUGGCAGGGUUCGAUCUCGCUGCUCCAGGAGAUGUGGAAAUCGAGGACAGAACGGAACAUUCGGAUUUACAAUGGUGCAAUUGGCUCUUGCAGAGGUGGGCAUUGGCAGCAGGCGUUGGCACUCCUCAUGGAUCUGAAAGAAGAAGUACUAAAGCCCAGCACGGUCAGCUACAAUGCUGCAAUCAGCGCGUGCAAGGACGGCGCGCAGUGGCAGUGGGGGCUUUCGUUGUUCAGGAGGAUGCUUCAGACAUGGCCUGGGCCAGAUCCGAGCCUCAAAAGUUUCAACGCCGCGUUGAGUUUGUGCGAGGAAGUCGGGCGGUGGGAGCAAGCGAUGUCGUUGCUCAGUGAGUUCCAGGAAGUUGAGUUGAACGCGAACGUCAGAAGUUUCAACAGUGUAAUCAGUGCGCACAGGAAAGAUGGGCAGUGGCAGCGCGCACUUCUAUUGCUGCGGAUGAUCUGGACGGGGAGGUUGCAGCCAAACGUAAUCAGUUAUGGGGCUGCCAUGAGCGGGUGCGAGAAGGGUGGGUGCUGGGAGCAGGCUCUGUCCUUACUGGGGGAGUUGCGGGAUGAGCAGCUGGAGCCGAACAUCAUAAUCUUCAACUGUGCAAUCAGCGCCUGCGAGAAGGGGAGGCAGUGGCAGCGCGCGCUGUCAUUGCUUGCUGAAAUGCGAGACACGGAGCUUGAGCCGAAUGUCAUCAGCAUCAGCGCUGCAAUCAGUUCGUGCACGAAGUGUGGACAGUGGCGGAAGGGGCUGAUGCUGUUAGGGCAGCUCUGGGAAGCAGGAGUGGAGCCGAAUGUUGUCGCCCUGAAUGCCGCAAUUCACGCGUGCGAGAGCGGCAGGAAGUGGCAGCAGGCCUUGUCAUUGCUGGGAGAGUUUCGCUUGGCGAAGGUUGAGCCGGACCUAAUCCUUGCUCAAACGCCAGACGUGCAACCGCGAGAACGGCCGGGGUCCCCAGAGGCCCCACCUAAAGUCAGGAGAGAAAAAAACACACAGACAAUUAAUCGUCGAUCCCCCAGAAAAUAUAGGAACAUAUGGGAAAUAUAUUGCACCACGUAG